CUCUGAGCUUCCAGACAUCAGGAGCUGAAGCAAGCUUAGCAUUGUUAGAACAGCAGAAAGAGGAUCCCUUAUUACGGUCCCAGGAUGAAGUCGCUAAUUUUGAUUGCAGUCAUCUUUACUGCCACAGCUUGCUUCUCGUGGGCUGAUGCACAACAGCAGAGAAGAAACAGACAUAACGGAUAUAAUGGACAAAACGGACAUAAUGGACAAAACGGACAUAAUGGACAAAACGGAUAUAAUGGACAAAACGGACAUAAUGGACAAAACGGACAUAAUGGACAUAACAGACAAAAUGGACAAAGACAAGGGGCCGAAAGACAUGGGAGGCAAAAUAAUAGACACAAUGGUUAUAAUGGACAAAGACAAUCUGGAAGAAGUUCCUCCGAAGAGAAUGGAAUGAAUUCUCGUUCAAAUUAUAAUGGAGGACGCGGACAAGAUUAUAGAGGUCCAAAUGGUCGCCACAAUCAGAAUGGUCCCAACCGUGUAAUAGCUUUGGCUAUCCUGGAUCGCUUCCUGCAUAAUCCUACUGCGCAAAAACAAUCUGCAGCAGCUAGUGACAAUGCUGCUGCUACAGCUGCUGCCACAACUACCACAACCACAGCCUCAACAACUACAACCACCACUGCCACUACUACCACCACCACAGCCUCAACAACUACCACCGCUGCCCCUACUACCACAACCACAGAGCCAACAACUGCAACCACUGCUGCUCCUACUACCACAACCACAGAGCCAACAACUGCAACCACUGCUGCUCCUACUACCACAACCACAGAGCCAACAACUGCAACCACUGCUGCCCCUACUACCACAACCACAGAGCCAACAACUGCAACCACUGCUGCCCCUACUACCACAACCACAGAGCCAACAACUGCAACCACUGCUGCCCCUACUACCACAACCACAGAGCCAACAACUACAGAGCCAACAACUAUAACCACCGCUGCCCCUACUACCACAUCCACAACCACUGCCGCUGCUCAGGCAAAGACUGCUUAAAUUCGACCGAGAUUGCAAAUAUAUCAACGGCCAAGAUCAAGAUUUUGAAAAGCUGGCUGCUGGUAUAUUUGUGAUCAUCGUCUCUCACCAGACUACUUUUACCAAAAGAUAGACAAAAAUGUAGGGGUAUAGAUUCUUAGUGCUUCUUCUUUAGGAUGGCCAUCCUGUAGAAACUUAUAAAUACACACUAUCUUGCAAAUGAUCACAAGGGCGAUAGUCUCAUUUCUCACUGUGUACUAACAGCACCUUCACAGCACCCUAAUUCUUACAUACACUCUGUAACAUGGACACUGUGUUUUAUGAAAGAAAUUUAAAAUGCUUUUCAGACUUCCUCCCCAAAAAUACAUUUGAAGUCACACAUAUACCAUCAAGAAGCAAAUGUAAGACUUAUCAGUUACAUUCGGGAAAGAGAGAGACAGUUGGGGGGGGGGGCAGUUCCCAGCUCACUGCGCUCAGGGAUUACUCCUGACUCACUCAGGGAACACUCCUGGCGUGGUUUCCUCAUGAAGUGACAAAGAUUGAACCCGGCUCAGCCACAUGCAUGGAAAGCAGCUUGCCUGCUUUACAACCUCUCUGGCCCCUUGAGAGUUAACUGGUUUUUAGAUAAAUUAUAGUGAAGUUAGUCAUUACCAGCAUACUACCUAUAAAUAAUUUACACAAGAUGAAAGAGACAUAUAUGUCUUUGCAAAAUUACAGCCAUAGUUAACAAUACAAUGAAUCACCAAAAAUGCAAAUGUCCUCCCAAACCUACUAGGUCAUACACUCCGAAAGCAUAGUAAAGAAUAUAUUAAUACUGAUGUAGGUUAAAAGACCUGCAAUACUAUUUAUCAACAGAUGAUUAUCUUCAGGUAUUUUCACAGGAAACUUUGUAAAAUCCCAUAAAUCACUUUAACUAUCUAUUAGUAGUA